CUCGAGACUGCGGAUCUCAACGAAACUUCCCUGCAGGCUCCGUCUGCAGAUGAACCAAUCAUAAUUGUGGGAGGAGGCCUCGCUGGCCUAUCAGCAGCUCUUGAGGCACUCAGUCGUGAUGCAAAAGUGAUAAUCAUCGACAGUGAGAAGAAUCUCGGAGGAAAUUCAGCGAAAGCAAGCAGUGGUGUGAGCGCUGCUGAAACAUCAACACAGAAGCAAAUGGGUAUUAAUGAUUCGCGAGCUUCCUUCUAUAAGGACACUAUGAGUGCUGGUGACCGUGAAAAUGACGAGGGAUUAGUAGAUCUACUGGUGGAGCAAUCGGCGGAUGCUAUCGAAUUUCUCAAGGAGCUUGGCGUUAAUCUCAAUGAUAUAAAUCUUUGUGGAGGUCAUUCCACGCCGAGAACACAUUGGAUUCCAUCACCAAAAGAGGGUCGCGCCACUCCAGUAGGAUUGGGCAUCAUAAAUGCUGCUAAACAACGCGUUGCGGACAUCGCAAAAGACAGACCGGAUGACGUCACGAUUCUUACAAACACUCGUGUGGUAGGACUGACGUCAUGGAAUGCUUAUGUGAAUGGAGUGAAUGUGGUGCAGGACGGAAAAAGAAAGGAAAUUAAUGGAAAGGCUGUGAUUCUUACAACUGGCGGAUAUAGCGCCGAUAGGAACGAGGACGCUAGUCUGUUGCAUGAAUUCGCCAGCGAUAAGCUGCGUUUUCCAACCACUAAUGGAGCUUUCGCUCGUGGUGAUGGAGUGAAAAUGGCACGUGCGAUGGGCGCUCAGAUCAACUCAGAAGGUGUUCGCUUUGCCAACGAGCUCGGCAGACGAGACUACUUGACUGAAAGGAUUCAAAAGGAGUGCAAGCCUAUCGAAAAGUUCCAAGGAGGGUCUGCUGGGCUGUCAGCAGCAAUAAUGUUGAUGAACGACGACGCGGCUGACUCAUUUGGAAGGCCGGCAUUUAAUUUCUAUGCGGUCGUCAAGAAAUUCUUCAUGAAGUACGAUUCAGCAAAAGAGCUAGCCGCUGCAAUGGAUAUUUCGCCCAACGUUCUGGAGAAAACAUUAAUGGAUUACAAUAAAUAUGCAAAAUCCAGCUCAAGUGACACAAAGGAAAAGGAUUCAUUCGGAAAGACUGUGUUCCCUGUUGCAAUCGAACCUGAUCAGCCCAUCUACGCUGCUAUUAUCACUCCGGCUAUCCACUACACCAUGGGAGGAUUGAAAAUCGAUAAACAGGCUCGUGUAUAUAACGAGUUCAUGAAUCAACCAUUCAAAGGUCUUCUGGCUGCUGGUGAAGUGACGGAUUUGGUGAUUGCUGAUCGUAUCCGUGGGCCGUCAUGCGUUUCUAUGGCCCGGCCGGAAGUUUCUACGUCGGCUUCUGAAGCGGAAUCCAAUUCGACAGUUCCUCGUGCUGUUGAACGCGAUCCCCGUGCUCCGAAACAGGAAUGGCGUAAAGCAAAAGUGGCUGAAUUCUCGAUGAUGCGCUCCCGUAUGGAAUCGGCUCCACGAAAAGCUGCAUUGCGUAUUAAGUGGCCUAAUUCGGCGAGUGAGGAACAGUGGGAAGAACUCUUGCUACGAAGAUGCCAUCCAAAUUGCGUCCAUUUCUCAACGGCAUUUCCGCAUCAUCAAGGAACUCCACCUGCAGUUCCCGUUGUUCUAAGCAUUUCAUCAUCAACGGUUAAUGCAAUUUUGCCGUAUGCUGUCGAAUGGGCUGAAUGUGGAGAAUUCACGCGAGCACUGCGCGAAUGGAUUUUUGCUCUUCUGCUCAUCGUUCAAAAACCGUUGAUGCCUGACGUCUGUGCUGCUAUUCGAGGAUUGGCCAAUCUCUGCCGGAGCUUAAGAAAUUCUGUUGAUAUUGAACGGAAGGAUGAAAUCCGCGAAUUAUCAUGGUUUAUUACCAUUGUCAGCGAGUACUUUGGCCAGACGGAUCUGGCCGACUUAUGA